UGUUCACAGAGACGCCAAGUCCCAGCCUCCUCUCCAAUCUGUGAUAACCUGCAUGUCCGAGCCUCCCGCCCCCGUCUGUUGCGCAUACUGGUGGACUCGCUCCUCAGACAGAUGAGAUGGGGUCGCCACACUACAACCUGCGCUGGAACAACCACCAGAACCACCUGCUGACUGCGUUCGACUCUCUGCUGCAGAAUGAGACUCUCGUUGACGUGACUCUCAUCUGCGAGGAGUCCAGUUUCAAGGCACAUAAAGUCGUACUGUCUGCUUGCAGUCCGUACUUCGAACGCAUAUUCUCAGAGACUCCUUGUAAGCAUCCUGUGAUAGUUCUGAAAGACUUACGAGGCUGGGAGAUCCAGGCCAUCGUAGACUUCAUGUACCGGGGGGAGAUCAGUGUCGGACAGGAGCAACUCACAUCUCUCAUCAAGGCUGCGGAAUCUCUACAGGUACGAGGACUAGCACACACUGAGCGGAUCCCGAUGUGUGGCAAUGAGAAGGAGCGGGAAAGAGAAAGGGAGAAGGAGAGGGAGCGAGACCGGGACCGGGACCGGGAAGUGGUGGGCCAGAGUGGGAACAACACCACAUUCUCUCCCGCUUCGGGACUCAGCAUGUUCCCCACACCACAGACCACUAUGUCUCCACAGUACAAUGGCCCGCUGCGACUACCACAGCUGCCACACAUGCCACACAUCUCUUUCACAGACCGCCACUGCUCCAGUCCUCUACCUAGGAGAAAACAGGCGAGGCCAAGACGAAGAUCUGGAGAGAUAUGCGGAGCACAAGAUCUCACUAAGGGCCCUAACUCUCCGGAGACUGAAGCUGCAGAGAAUUUGUCCAUCAAGAAGAACAACAACAACCUACCUCUCAACAGGCCUGCUUCCAGUCCAUCUCCAUCAAGUGUAAAUAAUCCUAUGAAGAUGGAAAGUGAAGAUUCAGAUGCUGCAGACUCUAGCCAGAACCAACCGAUGGAGCUGACCACCACACCAACUGAGAGUCGUCCAGAGAUAUCCAACACCACUUCAGAACAAAUCACUAGUUUACCUCCUCCACCUCAUGAAUCUUUUGAAAACUCCUCGUUUCCCCACCUGACUUCCAUAUCAGCUUUGUCUCUGACUCCUCCACACAUGUUCUCUCUAGAUGCACAUUUCGGAUUAUUCCCUGGAAUUGAAAGCUGUCGAAAUUCAUUUUUUAAUGAUAUCUCUGACCAUCGAAGUGACAACCACCAAAUGGCUGUUAAAAAGAAGAUGGGUCGCCCCAAGGGCCAGCACAGUGCUCCCAGAGGAGGACCUCCACGCUCCUGGACCAAUGCAGAGUUGACUGAAGCUCUGCAGCACGUUUGGAACAAGAAGAUGACCACUUCUCAGGCAUCUCGGAUUUUCGGCAUUCCUUACAACAGUCUACUGAUGUACGUCAGAGGGAAAUACGGAAAAUCACUCAAACUCGAACAACUCAAAAAAGAAUGUUUCGGCGACUUAGGAGGGCCCUUGGACAUUCUAGGUCUCGGCCAGUUGACAUCAAACAACAACAAUCCACCGACCAAACACCACCACAAAGGUCCAGAGCCCGACUUGAUGCUGGGACCUCCGGGAUUCAACCCCGGAUCCUACCCGUCACCAAACUUUUAUCCGGACUUCGGUGCAUCAUUCCCGGUCCCAGUGGGAAUGGUUCACCUUCUGCCCCAGUCCGAGAAAAACAGGGAACAAUCUUGUCCCAUCGAUUACGUCAAAGAAGAAUACCACGGCCAACACAGGAACAUCCCGAACCCGAUGGACUACGGGAAGGAGGAAGUGAGGAGUAGCCCUGCUGCUCUUGACUUUGCCAAAGAAGAGAUGAACAUGCAGAACAACUCGGUGGAGGAGGAGGAGGGAGAUCAACCGCAACAGCAGUCGCAGUCUCAGUCUCAACAACAGCCACAGAACUUGCGACACCACGAGGAUCGACCCGGCCACCACGAGCAGAACGGCCAGGACUGACAAGCGGUCCUCACGGAUUGUUGAUACGAGGCUUUCUCCAAUCUGAUGGCAAGAUUCUCUCACUUGAACUGAAGUGGGUAUUAUUUUCGUUAUGGACUCAGUGAUUUUGAGUAAAAAAACUUGAAACAUUUCAAAGUACACUGCAGCUAGGACAAAACAAAGAGAUGUGAGUGGGUGUAUAUGUGGACCGUUGUUUGUUUAAUAGUUAAGUGAUAUCUUCUCCAAAAUACCGACAUUUGGAUUUUGCUAAACAUCUUGGUGGACUUCUGGAUUCAUUCGGGCGAAACAGAGUUACGUGCCAACACAAUUUUAUAGUUUAUUCAGAGUUUUUAUAGGUGUUACUAGAUCAGUAUAUUAUUCUUGUACUGCCAAAUACAAGUAUACAACCGUAUUUACAAUUGAUAUUUUUAUAUAGUUACUAUACAAUACGCUACGUGACUCUGUUUCGCCUCUCACAACUAACCCCAAAAGUACAUAAAAUACAAAAUUUCAGCUUCUCAACAAUCCUCCAGAUACACUUUGGUUCCUUUGAUGACAACGGUCUUUUGUUGGUACUAAUAAUGUUGUGCUUCCUAUGUUAUACAUCUCUCAAUUUUAAAUACAUAGUUUUACUAAGGAAUGGAAAGGCUGGUGUGGAGAGAGCAAUUUGGUUGCGUUCUAUGUCGUUAAUGUUUCCAAAGCAACUUUAUGUAUCUCUUUGCACCGGACUUUCACCAUACAUAAAGAGAGAUUAAAUAUAUAUUGAAUUUGCAUGUAUAUUUAUUCUUCCUCAAUAAAUAUGGUAGACAAAUUCAUUUGUUUACUAAAUUUAAUAGGUAAAACUAAUUGGAAUGUUUAAGAUGACUGACACCCACGUAUAUUAGAAAAAAAAAUUUAAUUAUUUUUGAAGGAUUCAUAUUCUACUAUUAUAGGUUAAAUUCAUAAAAAUAUAUUUUCAUGUAAAAGACAAACCAUAAUGAUUUUUGCGCUAUAUGUUAUUAAUGCAAAUUAAUUAAACGUACCACGAGAUUACAUACUCCAUGUGGAAAAACCUAAUGUUAUCAAUACUAAAAUUUCCUGAAAGAAAAUUAGAUUUCAAGUAAUUAUGUGUUUAUUAUUUUAACUAAUAAAUUUAUCACUAAUUACUGCCUUGUACAUACAAAUUGGAAAAAAUCUAUAAUAUUUAAAUUUUACUCAAAAUAAGAAUAUUUCAUGUAUAAUCAGUUCUAACUAUUGUUUAUACUUAUUUUACAACAGAUCAGGGAGUAUAUACAUUGUUAGUCCAUUGAAAUUUGUGUCCAUUUUCUAAAUUGCAGUAACUAAAGAUUCUUUAACAAUUUGUUUCACUGUGUUGCACUCUUAUAAUGUUCUACCGUAAAAAUAAAACAAAAACAAAGCUGAAUUAAAAAUUUACACUGCAUGUACUUUACAUCCUAAAUGUUUAUAAAACAAUUGAAUAAAAUGUUUUGUUUGCUAUAGAAUCCGAUUAAGAGUUUUAAAAGUAAUUAUUUUAGUGGUGUGUCAAUUCUCCUAGCACGACGCAACACACUUUAAAAACUCGAAGGCUGUGCUGGAGAAUUAAAUAAACCAAUUAGUUUUACAUAUUGAACACAGAAGACUGACUGCAAUAUGCCAAUGUUCCAAGUAUAUAUUUUAAUAUGUCAUGUAAUUUUACGUUUUAAGUUGUACUGAAGCAAACUACAGUUCCUGCAGAUAUUAUAUAUAUAGAGGUUCUAAGGUUUAAGUUUUCUUGCUGUACGACUAGAGACAGGUUAGGUUAGAUAUAACUCGCAGUAUUUUCCAGUAUUGUCCACUAGAUCGCAUCACUUUGCAGAUGCCCGCUCCCCAGUCCUCGGUGUUUGUAUUGGGAGUCUCUGGGCAAUUGUUCGCUCGUUCGCUCGCUGUCCACAAACAAAUGUGAUUUACGGGAGAUUCAUGCAACUGUGAAUAAAAUUAUUAAUUAAAUAUACUCUAAAUAUACGAGUAUUAUCAAUGUAUAGUAAUUAAUAUAUACUUAUAUAUAAAUAAAUUAUUGUGAUCAGAUGUUGAUGAACUUAAUGGUGAUAAAUAUUAUUGUUGAUGUAGAUAAUCUAUAUGAGACUUUAAUGUGUUUCAGUUAGCCUAUAAGAUGGAUAUUAUUUAAGACCUCGACAGGUAUGCAAAAUGUUAUUACUUUAGCGGUUCUCUUACGUUACCAGCUGUAUAUUUACAAGUAAGUAGUAUGUGUUACCAAUCUCAUUCCAAAUCAUUCCACCGGUCUCAUCACUAUUUUGGCCUAUUUUAUGUAGCCUAUAUUAUAUAGGCCUAUAUUGUAGCCAAUAUAAUGUAAAGUAAACGUCACUCAGGACCUUUUCAGUGAAGUUUAUUUGUGAUAAUUACAUUUGUGACACAAUUAUUGCUGGUGAUAGUCUUUAUAUCGUAACUGACCUUAGUUAACAGGUAACAAUCAUUGAAACAUUUUCUAUACGAUAUCAAUAUUUAAAAAACUGUACUCAAUUAUUAUAGCUACAAAAGUAUCAAUUAUUGUUUUACAAUAGAAUUAUAAAUUAAGAUGAUUUUUUCCUUGAAACAAUCAGAGCCACUAUAAAUACACCCUAUUGUAUCAAUGUUGAUAGAUAAUUAUUUAAUAUUUUUACAUCUGACAUUAAAAUAAAUAAAACAUUUGCAGGGUAUAUAUCUCUUGACAGGGAUGGCCUUCUUACAAUAGAUACAGGUACUUAGACUAAGUUUAAUGUAGCAUUUUGACAUUUCAUGUGAAUAUGUUGUUUACGUUUACAAACAAACGUUAUUACGUUUAUUAAGUUUACCGCUACUGAAGGGCAUUAUUUUUCCACAAACACUUGAAUUAAUAAAAUAGUGUGUAUUUUCCAGAAAUGAGUUUAAAAAAUGGUAGUCUCAGGAAUGCUCCAACAAUUUCCGCUGGGGCUAUUCCAUAAUCUCCAGAUAGUCCAGAGAUGACCAGAAUUCGGUUGUCUUAAUAUCCUAAAAUGAAGUCCUGGCUCCACCACUACUUGCAACCAAACAACAGUAACUGUUCCAAAACACACAGAUGUGUUUGUUGCUCUAGUUUAAAAUUUCAAAGAAACAAUAUUUACCGAAAGGUUUCAGAGAAUUUCAGGACACUCCGUGAAAAAAUGUAUGGAAAACAAUCGUUGUCUUUUGACAUCAGAGAGGGAAAAGAGUAUUCAUUAGAGUUAAAUACAUAAAAGAUGCACAAUAACACGUCAUACACUACUAAUCUAUGUUAUCGUUCUUUGGUUUUUACUGAAAUUCAACAAACAAAAACAUUCCUAGUUAAUGUAUCUACGUAUUUUUGCAGUUGACACAAUUUAUUCAUUAACAUUCAUAAAAUGAUUAUUUAAAAUAAUUUAAAACAUUUGGGGAAAAAACUUUAACAGGGCUUUUUAAAGAUUUGAACCCAUUGAAGCAUUGCAAGAUAUCAGAAAUGUUUAAAGAAGUUACUGAUAAAACACUACAGUUAGACAAAAUUUGGAUAACUUAUAGUGUUUACAAGUUGGACUCUAUAGACAACUUUUCGUGUAGUAAAUUUCCCUUUAUGUAAUAAAAAAGAAUUUACAUUAAUAAUGUACAAUAUAUCGUUCUAAAUAGAUAUAUAAAAUUGUUUGUGUUUAAACCAUGCAACAGUUUAAUGUAAACAUUAUAUUUUAAAUGUGCAAUAUUUUAUUUUAUACUUCAUUAUGAAGUGUCAAAAUGUAUACCAUAUACGCUCAGACAGAUCAAACUAUAUUUACAUACUGUAUAAGUUUUCAUUGUUUUAUACUUCAUGCUUCCAGAUAGAAUGAAUGGUUCACAGGCUAACCAAGUUGUUUUUCCAUAACAGGAUAUAUCAUAGUUGAAUUACUGGAAACUGUUUUUAUGUACUAGGUUCAACUUUUUGUUCUGUUCUAGUUCUUUAAGCCAAUAUUAUUCUUUUUCAUGACAUUUUUUUAAUUACUGUAGGACCUAAGUGUUAACUAUUUUUCAGAUGUUUUAGAGCAUUAUUAAUUGAUAUAUUCUUAUUUUUGUACUUUUAGCACACUACAACACAUUUGUAUAUUUUAACAUUAAAGAUUAUAAUAGCAUUGUUCAGUAAAACGUUUUUUUUUAAUGUACAUUAAAUAAAUUAUAUUAUAUUUUUGUUUCUAGAACCUCUCCAAGUUAAUUUUAAACCUAAAUGCUUUGCAAUUGUCUAGAUUUUACAAUCAGAACAAGUUCAAUAAGAAUAAGAAUAAGAAUUCGUUUAUUGUCAUAAAGCUUACACGAGCAUCGACACAAGUCAUGUAUAAAAUAUAUAAAUUAGCAUAAGUCCAGACAAGGAAAAUUCAGUACCCAAAAUAUGAAGUUGCCAAAACAGUCACGCCACAAUUUAAAUUAUUUUAAAAUAUAAAUAAAUAAAUAACAAAUUAAAACAGGUAUGUAACAAAUAAACAAAUAACAGAUAACAACAACAAGUAAAACACUAUAAAACAAUAUAAUAGAGAGUGUUUCUUGUUCUUAACGAUUUGGGCUAACUUUAAAUGCAAUGUGGGGUUUAAUCAAAAUAUAGUUUAAAUGUCUAAAUAGUUUUUAAUGUUUUUGAAAUGCACAAGUAAAUUUAGUUUUAACUUAGUUGCCACCCCUUUGAAAAUAUUUUAUCAAAUUUAGAUUGAAAGUGUGAAGCUUCAUCAAAAUUGGAUGGAAAAUUGGAACAUUCUUGAAUCAAGUAUUAACUAUCUUAUCAAAUCAUCAAAUUUGUUCAGCUUUGAUCAAACCUUAUCAAGUUGGUACUUGUCAUAAAAUUUUGGACCAUUUUUCCAAGUAAAUUGUUGAAGAGUAAUUAUCUGAUAUCAGAAUUUAUUAUAUUGUUAUAGGAUUCGAUCAAAUUUUUAUCUGAUCUGGUCAAUGUAUAUCUGAUGUUGCAUUUUUAACACCAAAUUGUAAAAACCAAAUUCUUGGUCAUGUAUAGUAAAAAAUACACAAAUAAAAGACAUAAAUGAACUGACUCUAAAUUAUUUGCAAUUUUAAAAUUAAUGUUAUAAAUUCUACAAUUCUCAUUUCUAACCUCACCAAGAUAGGCUUAAUAUAUUCUAAUUAUAACUAAAAACUGUUAAAGCAAACUAUUAAUAAUACUCUGCAUUAUAAUGAAUUGAACAAAUUCAAUGUGAUACUUGCUUUUUCUACAUCAUUUUUAGCUAGCUACACAAUAUUAUUAUUGUGUAGUUCUUAAAGUAGUUGAAAAUUUGUCUCAUAAAGAACCCUUAAAAGGGUUUGAGCAGACUCACUAUACUUUAAAUCAGUACAUAAUGUUAUUAAUAGUAUUACGUUAAUACUUGUUUUUUUUUUAUAGUGUCAAUAUUUUUUAUUCAGAACUUCUAUCAGUUUAGAAGGUUACGCUAUACUUCUUUCCCGUUCAAAAAAAAGAAUUUAAAAUUAAAAUAUGUGUUACUUUAAUCUUAUUUAUAUCCACACACACAAACAUAGUUAAAUGUAGUUACGUUUCUAAUUGAAAUUCAUUACGUUUUCAAACUAAAAUACGUUUCCAUGAAUUAGUUCUUUUCUUAAGCACUCCUCUUCUUAAACUGUCAAAUAUUAAGAUAAAAACCAAAUCAACAAUUCCCCAGUUUUUUACAGGAGUUUAGUGACAUUAUAAAUUAGUUUUAUAACAAUACUUUAAUUACUGUAACUUUAGUAACAGAAGUAUAGUACGUAAUUAUUUCUGUUCACUCCGAAGUAGUUAGUAUGGUGACCAUGUGUUGUAUACUUAUUCCGUUUUGUUGUCUAUGAAGGGUUUCUAGUGAGAAUGAUUUUUAUGAAACUGUUGUGAUUGUGUAUUAUUACGUUUGAUCUUUGAUGUAAAUACGGUAUAAGUUAAGAACUUUGAUACAAAUUAAUUUUACUGUAAGUUAAUUUUGUUCUCCUGAAACAACACAGCUACUGUAUAAACCAUUGCUGCUGUGGUGAAAUAAGUAUCAGUUUCCUGGAAGUUUUUACGUUUUAGUUACGUUCAUCGUCAGAACUAUCAUGUCAUUCUAGUGACCAUCCUACAGUUCAUCGCAGCUUCCAUCAUUUUCCUGAUAGUUUAUUGUUUAAUUUGUACUAUAAGGAUGUACAUCACAGAUAGCAAUGUAGCGUAGUUAGUUUGGGUUUGGGCUAGUAACGUUACGCGCCUGGUGGCAAUUUAUUGUUACGUUUCAUUUCAUUACGAUAAUUAGUUAUUUAUCAUUAUGUAAAUUGUACCUUCAUAAGCUUAUUUAUUUGUAGACAGAAGUAGUUAUAUAUGUACAUUGUAAAAAUCUCUCUUAUUUGCGUUCGUAGUACUAAUUUCAUAUGGCUGUGUGCUAAUAUGUUCUGCUAGUAAUUAUCUUUUUCACUAUUUAUUAUUGUCCUUUAAAGUUUUCAGUUUCUGACAAUUAUUGAUCAUUUUCUUAACAGAUUCUACGGCUUUCUCUGUUGAUUUAAUUUCUCUCUGAUUCAUAUAAUUAAAACACGGCAUAAUGUAUAAUGUGUAUUUCAUUUUCAAAAUUAAAUUGGCCAGAGUUAAAGUAGUUGAUUGUUUUUACUUUUUCAACCAUUGGAAAUUUAGAUCCAUCUAAAUAAAUAAAAUGACAUAAACAAAUUAUAAAACUAGGUAAAUUCAAUCAUAAGCCUUACAAAAUAAUAUUGUUUUGGCUAUUAUAAAAUGAAAUAAAUCAUAAACUGUACAAUACUCAAUAAUGCAAUUUUAUAUUUGAAUAACCCAUUGGAGGGUUUAAUUCUUUUUGAAAUUUUGAUUUAGCAAAGGAAAAAGGUGUACAAUUUACGCGUCACUCUAACUAAAAAACUUAUUGAACUUUGUAUUGUGCAAAAUAACGAUCCGUAUAAACAUACCUUUACUUUCCAUGUUACCUAAGUUUAUUAUGUACAAGUUCCUUCUUCUUGUUAGUUUUGUUAUUGCUUUCAUAUUUUUUGUGAACAUUUGUUUAUAUACUCAUUAUUACCUUAAGUUAUGUUACUAUGAUUAUUUAUUAUGUACAUUUGUUUAUAUGAGGUAUUGGUUCCUGAUUUGAUUAAAUUUUAUUUUGUAAAUUCAUUUUUUGUUUUGUUAUUUUCAGUUUACACACUUCCCUGUGCCCUUUCCUUCCGAAACAUUCGGUAAAAAUUUGAUUUUUUCAAUAUUCGAGCGAUCAGAUUGUUAUUAUUUAUUUCCAAACACCUGUUUCCUGAUUUAAAAUGUUCUUUUCCACUCAAAAAAGUAAAAAGAAUCAAUGACUUGAUAUUGUAUCUGUUUAUAUUAUAUGUUUGAAUUAUUGUUUUAUAUAUGGUAGGUGUAGAAACUGCUGUUGUGAUAAUGUCAGAAGUCGUUGAGAAGACUGUAUAUCACUGCCUCUUUCAGUUGCAAAUACCUCAGAGUGGUCUGCCUCGUACAACUGAGGUUGGCUCUACUGCUGCAACAGUGUUCAUGUAAUAUCUGGGUCACUCUAGGAAAUAUUUACAUUGUAAGUAUUUCGGACUUAUCAACCUAACUGUUCUACUUAUGUAUUAGAUAUUUUAGUUUAUUCAAGCUUUAAAAUCAUCUAUUUUUCUUCCACCAAUGUAAAUGGUCUACAAAGUAUCUUUAAAAUAUUUCCAAUUAUUUCUUAUUUUUUAAAGUAAGUUUUUUUAGAUACCUUUCUUAAUUUGAAAUACUAAUGACUAGUUUACAACAAUGGAUAGGAAUUCUUAAUUUCAUCUUAGGUGAAAUUAUUGAUAAGAAAUAAUAUUCUGUCAAUAAAAAUACUUCACUUUUUAUAAAUAAUUCAUUAUUUUUAAUAUCACAUUUUGUUCUAGUUACACAUUGUGCAAUUCCGUUGUGUUUACUAGGCCUUAGGCUAUAUGUUUUGGGCAUAUGCUAUCAGAUAAUUAUUAUCAGAAAUUUAGCAAAUUUAAUAGGGAAUUCCUCGAACACAGAACUACCCUUACUCAAACGUUAAUUAUGAUUGUGAAUGUCAACUAAUAUGUUUGUAUAUGGUGAUAAUCUUCUGAAAAUUUAUUAUGUAAAGUACAAAACCAUUUGAUUGACAAUGGCACAGAUAUUAUAUUGGCAUCGUCUGAUUGCGUCGUAGAGUCAGCUGAUUCGUGGAGCCCACAUAACAAGUUACCUCAUAUUUACUUUGUUAGAAGUGUGUGAUACUGCUAAGACUGUUACGUAAUGGUGCGAAACUAGGUGCAAUACGUGGUGCAACUAAGCUGUUCCUUCUUGUUUACUGCUACACACCUCAUUGUUACCAAACUGCAACGUUUUGUAAUCUUAUCUUAUUUAAUUUUAUAAACAGGCAGACUGUUCGUUUGUAUAGAUGACAUGUUGAGUAUUUAAGAGCUUUGAAGUAGAGAUUUAAAGUUAAGUGCUUGAUUUUUUUCAGUGAAGAUAUAAUUGCAUGUUAUUUGUUUCUUCGUACUUUUUCGUUGUGAGUGAAUGAUAUGUAAAAUAUGUGUAUAGAAAUGUUUUAUUGUACAAGAUGAUUUCCUGUAUUCACUUUCAACUUGGGUCUUUGUUGAGACUAAGCUUCAGGUUCGUUUGUAUGUUUUGUUAUUGCAGUGAAACCAAGUAACAGUACGUUUAAGUAGGUUAGUGAUUGAUAACUAGCCAUGCAUCUAUUACAUUAAAAACAGAAUGUUUAAAACAUGAGAACAAAAAAACAGUAAAAUACAGUAUAUUUUUCAUCAAACUCUCAUAAACUUAUUUCUUCGAAUAUUUAUAACCAAUACGGUAUAGUAAUAAAUCUUAAAUUGAAAUACAACACAACAAAUUUUAAUUUUUGGAAAUAUUUUAUUUAAAAUUACGCCUUUCCGAAAUAUUGUUGUUUUUUACUUAACAGCAACACCCACUUUUUCUAACCUAGCAGUGCUUGGUGUGAUUUUUUUCCCAUCUCCUUUAAUUUUGUUCUAAACUAAUAAGUGGGAUUCACUCACAUUUUUUAAAAAUUUUAAAUUUUUUAUUUUUGCCUUUAAAACUGUUUUUCAUCUUUUUGAAUACGAUCAGAUUCUUUGAUAUGUCUUACGUUGUAUAAAAUCUUUCUGUAAUAACCAGGAUUUUAUUGCUAAUUUAAUAUUUUAUUUUGACAAAAGAGACCAUGAAAGAACAAUACAGCCAAAAAGAGUCAAAUGAUAUAAAAAGAAAUUAGGUUUCUUUUAACUGUGUAUACUUAGUUGAAUACUUAAAGGUGGAUGAGGACCGUUUCAAAAAUAAAGUUUUAUUAAAGCCCCGAUACCAUCUAUUCAAAACCGUUAUAAUAUCGCACCAAAAGCCAAAACAGUAUACCUUCGUAGUUGUAAUUUGUAAAUCAUACAAAAAUUAUUGAAAUAAUCAAUAUAGUGUAAUGUGAUAUUUUACUAUUUCAAUAUAAUACACAACAACAUUUCGUUGAAAGUUUUUCAUCUCAGUGUUUCAGCAUUACUGAUUACUCUUUUCAAUAAUUUUCUUAUUAUUUUUAUUCAAUAUUUGUCCAUAACAUCUUCAAAAUGAAUAAGCUUAAUUAUUCAAUUAUUUUCUUAACCCCUAAUAUUUUCGAAAGCUUUAAUAACGGAGCAAUUCCCCCACAUAAUCCAGCAUAUCAUUUGUGUUAAGUUAAUAAUCAUAACAUUAUCGUGUACCUAGUGUUUUGACAUAGUGCGGUAACAAAAUUACACAAUUCUGAAUUGCUAUGUAAUUUUGUUGUUACUUAAGUAAUGUUUGGUUUCAUUGAAUGAGUAACUCAGUGUUAUGCACUUAACAGGGUAGCAAAAUACAAGCUAAUUAAAUACUGUAUAUAUUAAAUGUAUAGAUGAAUGUGUUUAUAGAGUCCUCCACAAAUGUGACCAGGACAUCUGUACUGUCAAUGGUUGAAUGUGAAAACUGUAUCAUAUAAUUGAUAGCAUUAAACAAAUUUGCUAGAAAUAUGUUUGUAGUAAGCAUAGUUUUGGAAGGUGUUUCACGUCAAUAAAGGGAUUAGUGAAAAACUCA